AUGGGUUGCUGUAUCAAUUCAAAUAAACUCAACAAGAUUCAAACCAUCAAAACCAAUAAUGGUGUGAUAAUUUUCACAUCAACCGCGGAUAUCCAUAAAAUCUAUAAUUUCGGUAAAAUGAUGGGCCUGGGAGUCUUCGGAAAGGUUCUAGUUGCUAAAAUGAAGACCAAUAACGAAAAACUCUUCGCCAUAAAAAUGAUAGAGAAAUCGAGGGUAUCAGGUAAGGAAACGUAAUUAGCAAAUGAGAUUUAUGUUCUGUAAAGAUUAGAUCAUCCAAAUAUCAUUAAAUUUAACGAAGUAUACCAGAACAACCUAUAUUUCUACAUCUGUAUGGAGUAUUGUGAGGGAGGAGAACUUCUUGAGCGAAUCCCCAAGCAUCAGAGUGCCUUCACUGAGAAAUAGGCCCAACAAAUUGCAUACAAGGUAUUGUCGGCGAUUGCUUACAUUCAUGAACAGGGGAUAGUUCAUAGAGAUAUCAAACCAGAGAACAUUUUAUUUACUAAAAAAGAUUUAAAUUCUGAACCAAAAAUAAUUGAUUUUGGAAUGGCAAUAAAAUUAGAUGAAUCCCUGCAGACGAAAACUUUGAAUUGUGUGGGAACUCCCCUGUAUGUUGCUCCUGAAGUGAUAGAUGGAUAUUAUAGUGACAAGUGUGACAUAUGGAGUUUCGGAGUGAUGCUCUUCUAUAUCUUGUGUGGAUAUCCACCAUUUUAUGCAUCGAAUAAAAAAGAAUUAUUUCAACACAUUCAAAAUUAGGAUUUGAUUUUCGAUAGAAGGCAUUGGAAUCAUAUGUCAAGGGAAAUCAAGACCUUCCUGAGGAAACUACUAUGCAAAAACCCCAUGAUUAGGCCAACGGCUAAAGAUUGCUUGAAGGAUCCUUGGUUUAGUCUAAACUUCGAGGAAGUCAAUAAAAAAAAAGACCUACGCAGAUCCAAAACCAAAGUGCUCACUUUAAAGUAGAUAGCUCCAACAGAUUAUUUUGAAGAUGGAAGAUCCAUUUAUGAGAUGUUAAAAAAUUAUAGAACUGGGGCGAGGUUGAAAAAGGAAGUGAUGAAAAUUUUGAUAAAUCAAAUGAAUGAGAAAGAGUUGGAACAUCUUAAACGACUCUUCUAAAAGAUAGACGAAGAUAAUUCUGGUACCAUCACCUAUCAUGAGUUGGAGAAGGCAUUAUAGAGUGAAGGUUCUCAAGUAUCCCAUGAUGAGGUUAAGAAAUUGAUGAUAACUAUAGGAAUGGACAAUGAUGAUGAGACACUGGAGUGCUCUUCAGGAAAAUCAUUUAAACCGUUAGUUAUAAAAUACAGCGAUUUCUUGACUGCUUGUAUAGAUGAAAGAAGAGUACUUACAAAAGAAAAAUUGCUCUCAUUAUUCAAAUACUUUGACCAUUAGAAUUUGAAUUAUAUCACAAAGGAAAACAUUCAGGAGGUGUUUGCUAGACAUGGUAGAUCACUCACUGAUGAGAAAUUGAAUUAAAUGAUCUAUGAGAUAGACCCAAAUCAUGAUUAAAAGAUAUCCUUUGAUGAGUUCUGCUAAAUGAUGUCAGUUGAAGGUGUUUGUUAAGUUAUUGACUUUAAAGAUAGUAAUUUAGAACAAUAAAUCAUAUCUCCUAAGAUUGACACUAAAUUAGAACUCAUAUAAUUUGAAUGA